GUAUGACUCUUUGCUUCAUUCAGUCCUCCGCGGCUGUUCACAUGAUAAAGAGCCUUUAGUUGAGUGCGGCUCUUUUGAUCUGUCGUGCGAUCGCUCGCGAACCAGACUCUGAAGAACAUGCUGGCCGAUUAUAGAGUCCAUUAUGUUGUUUUUGUGAUCGCGGCAUCUUUUGGCGAUUAAACAGACGGAGAAUGUUCGGAUUGCGCCCCUGUGUUUGCUGACUUUUCGCUCGCUCAAACCCUUUCAGUGUGUUUAAUUGUCGAUUUGUUAAUCAGCCCCAAUCAAUGUAUUUCGGUAGUCAUUCCUUUUUAUGGAUUAACUGCUUAUAUUGAUGAAAAAUGCGCUUUACGGACAAGUUCCGAAGAAAAGUGGGCGCAAUGCUGCAAUUCUUCAUGUUGGGCGUCUUCUCGGUUCAUCAGUCGAUUGCUGCCAGAAGACCGCUGGUGAAUGGCACCUGGAUACGAAUGGGAAUGGCUAUGGAUGAAAUGAUGCAGAACGAUCAGGGACUGCCUUCGUGCAAAGUUUUACCAGGCCUGAGUCCAGGCCAAUCCCGACUCUGUCAGCUCUAUAUUGACCACAUGAAUGCGGUCGCAUUAGGAGCGAAACAGGCGAUCAACGAGUGCAAGUAUCAGUUCCAGAACAGGCGAUGGAACUGCUCGAUUCUAGGCGACAUCAACGUGUUUGGUCCAGUCUUCACAAUAGCUAGCCGGGAAAUAGCAUUUGCUCAUGCUCUGGCAGCUGCAGGAGUAGCGUAUUCCGUAUCCAGAGCAUGCCGAGAUGGACAGUUAUCGUCCUGCGGAUGUUCCAACAUGGAACGACCGAAGGACUUGAAGCAGAGCUUUGUAUGGGGCGGAUGCGGCGACAACUUGGAAUAUGGAUACAAAUUCACGCAGAAUUUUGUCGAUGUUCGGGAAAAGGAGCGAAAAUUCAAAAGGGGUACCAGAGAACAGGGACGCUCCCUAAUGAACAUUCACAAUAAUGAGGCUGGACGAAGGGCGGUCAUCAAAAAAUCGAAAGUCUCUUGCAAGUGCCAUGGGGUAUCUGGUUCCUGCUCUCUCAUCACCUGCUUUCAGCAACUAGCGAACUUCCGGGAAAUUGGUGAUUAUCUUCGCGACAAAUACGAUGGCGCUACAGAAGUCCGAGUGAAUCGACGUGGACGCCUCCAAUUGAAAGAUCCCCGUAUCACAAUUCCCACGGCCUACGAUCUGGUCUAUUUGGAGGACUCUCCGGACUACUGCGUCAAAGACGACGUGAGGGGAACGUUGGGCACGAAAGGACGGCCGUGUAACCGAACCAGUCCAGACAUUGACGGGUGCAACAUAUUGUGUUGUGGGCGUGGUUACAACACGAUUAAAACAGUGGUGAAAGAGCGGUGUGAAUGUAAAUUCAAAUGGUGUUGUGAGGUCCAAUGUAAGACUUGUGUGCGAUCGUUUGACGAGCAUAUUUGCAAAUAACAUCCGUGUAUCUUUUUUUGAAUGGCGGCUAAUUGAUCUAAAAGACUGUUGAACGAUGUUCAUUUUUUCAGUUUUUGUUUUUGUCUGUUGCAGCCAAUCCAGUAUUAUGCGAUCUUUAUUAACAUGCCUCGAUGCUCACAUGGGUUCUGUCUGUUGCUGAUUUUUUUUUAUUGAAUGUUUGUGGUCAUAUUUACAAAAAAAACACAAUAUUCAGAUGCAGACUGUAAACUCGAAAACAAUUGAAAAUUGACAGUAACUAUCCAACCUGUACGUUGGCAGAGGUGGCACGUUAGUAGGUAAAACCUAAUUUCAUACUAAUUGACUGCCCAAUUAAUUAAUUUCCCCUGGAUCUGUUAAUUUAUUUCCGUUUAUAAUUAUAGUUUAUUUUAUAUACAUAUAUGUAACAUACGAAAUUAGUUUUUAAUAUUUUUAUUGUGUACUUAAUAGAAAAUAAAGGGAAUAUAUCCACUAACCUUGUG